AGCGCGGCGCUCGACACGUUGUGGAAUAAACGUUCCUUUGAGUUUUACUUGAGUCCAGUCUUCUUGCCUGGAAUAUAGAUAACUCCCGCGCCGGGAGCAGACACUACAAACUGGCGACGAGGAUCAUUCAACUUCAAGAAGCUCACACGGCACCAGUAGAGGCCAAGAAACAAAUCAGCGGACGCCAAUCAAGAAAAAAAAAGCCACGCAAGGUGGAAGCCAUGCUGCCCGCCUUCCCGCCAUUCGACCCGUACACGGACCCGACGUCGCUCGCCCAGCGGUGGACGAAAUGGCAAGCCCGUUUUGACAACUUUCUACUAGCAGCAAACAUACAGAAUGCAGCCCGAAAACGCGCUAUGCUGCUACACUACGCAGGAGAUGCGGUGCACGACAUUUUUCUGACGCUUCCGGAUCGAGGCACGGACUAUGAAACGGCAGUCGCGAAGCUGAACGCACAUUUCGUACCAAGAAAGAACGCGGUCUACGAGAGGCAUGUUUUUCGUCAAGCAAAACAAAGCUCCGAAGAAACAGUGGACCAAUUUCAAGUCCGACUCAGAAAGUUGACUGCGACAUGCGAGUUUGCGAAUGAAGAACAAGAAAUCGUAUCGCAAAUGAUAGAAGGCGCCAAUUCAGCUAAGCUGCGCCGCAGUGCAUUACGAGAGCGCGAUGUCACGCUGGAGAAAAUCAUGGAAAUAGGCCGCAGCCUCGAGACAGCAGAGUUUCAAGCAACCGGCAUGGAAGGCCGCGAGCGCGUCGAACCUGUGCAGAAAGUCACAAAGAAGAAGCAGUGGCGGCGCAGUGCGCCUUCGAGCAACCAGUCAGAGCACAAGCUGUCGUGCAAUCGUCCAGAGAACAAGCAAGCGGAGAAGUGCAGCUGUUGUGGAGGAGCGUGUCCUCACAAAGGAGGGAAAUUGAGCUGUCCAGGAUGGGGAGCCACAUGCCACAAGUGCCAAAAGAAAAACCACUUCGCCAAGUUCUGCAGACAAAGACCUACUGUACACUCCGUUGACGUCAUAGGCACCCCCGCGAGCACACAACAGGACACAAGCGUGGAGGAUCGCGUCUUUCACGUGCAGAGUCACAGGCAAGAAUUACCAGUGGUAACAGUCAAAAUUAACAACACAUCACUUGAGUUUUGUGUGGAUUCUGGAGCAGGUGUCAACGUCAUCGGAGAGACAACGUGGCAAAGGCACCUACAGACGAUGCAGCUGGAGCACACAACCACAAAGCUGGUACCAUAUGGAGUCACCCAAGAAAUUCCAGUCAUGGGAAAGUUCUCUGUAACGUUCCGUGCUCUAGACCAAGUCAUCGAAGCAACAGUGUACGUCGUAAAAGGGACACAUCGAUCGCUUUUGAGCUACAAGACAGCCGCUGAUCUAAAGCUCAUCACAAUACUUCAGCAGGUCAUAGAAUACAGUAGUGUUGACGCAAAGAAAGAAUUUCCAAAGCUGUUUGGCAAGGUCGAUCGGCUCAAGAACUUUCAAGUAAAGCUGAACAUCUCACAAGAUGUCCAACCAGUCGUGCGACAACACCUUCGCAUUCCUUUCCAGAUGAGAAAAGCGCUGGAGACCGAGCUCACACGCCUGGAGGAGCUAGACAUUAUAGAGCAAGUAACAGGACCAACACCUUGGUUGCCACCGAUCGUCAUUGUUCCCAAACGCCAUGAUCUCAACGCAGUCAGAAUGUGUGUCCACAUGCGAGAAGCCAACAUGGCCAUUGCUUGAGA